AUGCGGGCGUCGAGCCGUUUCCCGCCGUCGCUACCGCCGUUGCUCCUUCUGCUGUGCGCCUUGGGCCUGGCGAGAGGAGUAGACGUGGGCGCUGUCACUUGCGGCUCGGUGCUGAAGCUGCUGAAUACACGGCACAACGUUCGGCUGCACUCGCACGAGGUCAAAUACGGAUCCGGAAGCGGUCAACAGUCAGUCACUGGCGUUGAAUCAUCCGAUGAUGCUAACAGCUACUGGCGGAUUCGAGGCAAAACUGAUGGGGUCUGCCAGCGAGGGGUACCAGUGAAGUGUGGGCAAGCAGUGCGCCUUACUCAUGUUAAUACAGGAAAAAAUUUACACACCCACCACUUCCCAUCACCACUCUCCAAUAACCAGGAAGUAAGCGCCUUUGGUGAUGAUGGUGAAGGAGAUGACUUGGAUGUAUGGGCAGUGCAGUGCAGUGGAAGUUUCUGGGGCCGGAAUGAUGCAGUACGCUUCAAACACAUAGGAACAGAUGCAUUCCUUUCAGUAACAGGCGAACAGUAUGGUCACCCAAUCCGAGGCCAACGGGAGGUCCACGGCAUGCAUUCUCCUAAUCAGCACAAUUACUGGAAGGCAAUGGAGGGUGUCUUCAUAAAGCCCAGCUUGGACUCCACAAAGCACGAUGAGCUCUGAAGGACCUUUAUAUAAAAUCUGGUUCACUUCUGUAAAGGGGAAUCUGGUCCCCUU